AUGGCCACGACACCUACCCAGGUGACGUGGCAGGAGAUGCAACGCAUGCUGACGUGUCUUCUGGAAGCAACCGAGGUAAUCCGAGUAGCCAAUAAUCGGAGGCAGCAGACCGCUGACCUGCUAGACGAGUCGAUCCACGUGUCGUCCGCUCAUUGGGCCCGUCACGAGGCUCUAGUCGCCGCGCACACGCGGGUCGCCGCCCGGCGCGCCGAGCUGGACAAACUACGUGCUGACGUGGCGGGAGCCCAGCGUGAGGUGGAGGACAAGCGCGCGGAUGUGGAGAGGCGGAGAGCGGAGCUCAAGGAGGCGAGACACUCGUUAAGAGCUGCCUCGACAAGAUUAGUGGAAGCGGACCGAUUUCUGUCACAGGAAGGUUCGAAGCAACAGCUGACAGUGAGAAGGCGGCUGGCCACUAGACGACGACGAAUGCUGGUCCAACUGGCGGGGAUCAUCCCGCUUUCCCCCUCCUCCCCCUCUCCCUCCUCCCCCUCCCCUUCCUCCGCCUCCCCCUCUUCCUCCUCCCCCUCCUCUCGUCCCUCGUCCUCCUCCGCUUCGGUUUCUCCUCGACCCCCCUCCUCCUCCUCUUCCUCCGCUUCCUCCUCCUCCACCGCCCGUCCCUCAUCCGCCUCGUCCCCCAUUCCCCCAACCGCAUUGAGACACGUGGCAAGCGCGGAUAGCAGCUGGGGGAGCGGGUGGGGCUUCUGGGGUAAAAGGGGAGGGGACGCGGGAGGGGCAGGGGCAGGGGCAGGGGCAGGGGCAGGGGAGGAAAGACGAGGGGGAGGGGAGAGAGAUGAGGGAAAGAGUGUGAUUGAUAUUGGGGAGAGUGGGAACGAUAGGGGUAAGAUUGCGGAGGAUAUUGGAGAGAGUAAGAAGAAAGGGAGGGUGUACAGUGAUGGUAUGCUGAUGGAUAGAGGGCGAAGAAACGAGGAGGCAGAGGGGGAAGGAAGGGAGGUUAAGAAUAUUACUGAUUUGCAUGUAACUGGCAACCCGACUGGAAAUUCAGAAGCUGUGGAGGAAACAGCUGGUACAGGAGAGAGGAAAGGAAGGGAGGUGGGGGAGGGGAAGAAAAAGGAGACUGCAGGAACAACAGUGGAUGUGACUAUAUUGGGGCUGCCGCUGAUAACGGCACCUCGGUUACAGUCACUGUUCAGUGGGGGAGGGGCAGGCAUGGAUGAGGGCGCGAGGCAACGGCACGACGCUGCCUUGGGCUUGACUGCUCAGCUUGUAUGCUUCUGUGCGCGCUACCUCCACCUCCCCCUGCGCUACCCCAUUCUCCUCGCCGGCUCGCGUUGCCUCAUGGUGGACCGGCACCCCCCUGCCAGACUCGUCUCUUUCUGUGCGCGCUACCUGCACCUCCCCCUCCGCUACCCCAUUCUCCUUGCCGGCUCGCGUUGCCUCAUGGUGGACCAGCACCCCCCUGCCCGCGUGGAGGCGCAACUGAUGCACCUGCAGGGGGCAGGGGUGGGUGGUGGCACUGCCGGGAGAGGGGUAGCAGCAAGGGGAGCAGGAGGGGUAGGGGGAGGAGGAGGUAGAGUGGGAGGAGGAGGGGGAGGGAGAGCUGGUUUCCCUCAGCAGAUUGAGCAGCAGCAGCAGCAGCAGCAGCAGCAGAAGCAGCGGCAGCAGCUGCUGUAUAAGUCUGCUAGUGACAUGAAUCUGCUGCCAAGGAAUGGGAGUAGGGGGAGCAAGGGGAGUGGCUGGGAGAAAGGGAGCGGACGGAGGGGAGGCAGCAGGAGCAACUCUCCUGAAAGGGAAGCUUUGGAAAGAGGAGGUUUGGAAAGAGGAGGUCCGGAAAGGGGAGGUUUGGAAAGAGGAGGUUUGGAAAGAAAAGCUUCGCCUGCAGGGGUGGUGGUGAGGGAUCGGAGAGGCGUGAAUGGGGCGAGUGGUCUGGGUGAUGAGGGGUGGGAGGCGGUUGUGAGGGGUGCCAGCCUGAGCAGCAGCAGCAGCAGUGGUGGUGUUGGGAAUGGUGCAACGGCAGGAGGAAUGGCAGGAGGAAUGGCAGCGGCAGGGGGAAUGGCAGGGCCGGUGGGUAUGGCAGGGGCGGGGGGAGUGGGAGGGGGGAUGGGAGGGGGAGUGGAAGGGGGAGUGGAGGUGCAGCUGGCUCUGUACAUGGGACGGGGGGAAUAUGCCACCGUGCUGUUCCAACAUGUCCUUUUUGGACGGCUGUGA